CAUAGCUAAAGUGAAGUUGUUCACCCUUAUUAAAUGCCCCCUCCUUUCUCAUUCAAAUUUCAAACCCACAUCUCCAAAUUACUUGACAAACAUCAUAGUCUCUUUAUCAGUGGAGAUUAUACAGAGUUUAGUAGUGAUUAAUGGACUGAAUAUAAGUUGUUUGUCGAAAGUCCUGAGAGAGGAUUUGAGAAAAUGAACACUGCUAGGUUCAUCAAAUGUGUUACCGUUGGCGAUGGAGCCGUCGGAAAGACGUGUAUGCUGAUCUCUUACACCAGUAACACCUUCCCCACCGAUUAUGUGCCUACUGUGUUCGACAACUUCAGCGCAAAUGUGGUAGUGGAUGGCAGCACUGUGAACCUUGGACUUUGGGAUACUGCUGGGCAGGAGGAUUAUAACAGGCUGAGGCCACUGAGUUACAGAGGUGCAGAUGUGUUCUUGUUGGCCUUCUCUCUUAUCAGCAAAGCAAGCUAUGAAAACAUCUCAAAGAAGUGGAUUUCUGAGCUAAGGCAUUAUGCGCCGACCAUACCAAUUGUGCUUGUGGGAACCAAACUUGAUUUGAGGGAAGACAAGCAGUAUUUGAUCGAUCAUCCAGGUGCAGCCCCAAUUACAACUGCUCAGGGAGAGGAGCUGAGGAAGAUGAUUGGUGCUGCUAUUUACAUUGAGUGCAGCUCCAAAACUCAGCAGAAUGUGAAGGCUGUGUUUGAUGCUGCAAUCAAGGUUGUUUUGCAGCCUCCUAAGCUAAAGAAGAGGAGAAGGAGGCCAAGGCUAUGCUUGUUUCUCUAAGUCAAUAUUUAUCUCUAAGUUCUUGUCUUUGUACAACACUUAUGCCUAAACAAUCAUUUAGUCUAUUUUCUUUUUUUACUUUUCACUUGUUGCUUCUCUUCUUAUGUAUCAUGUUAUGUAAUACAUGUCAAUGCUUCUGAUGCAUUAUGAAUUUCUAAAAACAUAUUUCAUAUUUGAA